AAUCCUCACACACUGUAUGACUAGUUGUCCAUGUGAGCAAGCCAUCCCAGGCAGGAAGGGAUAAACCAUCUGGAUUAAGUACAGCAGCCCUUUUCCGUGUCUGAAUUGUGCAGAAAAGACCGUUUCCAUUCUACUGUUUUUAGAGCAGACUGAGUUACUGUUUGGUAUUUUCUGUGUUUUGCCUGCUAAAGUUUCAAAGAAUUAAUAAUUCAAGCAGCACUUGGAAACACUAAACCACCUGUUGGACUGUCUCCUGGAGCCACAGAAGGAUUCGGUACAGUGUGUUUUUGUUUUAUACGUGUAACCGAAGAUUUGACGAGAGCUUCCUUUUUCGUACUUAAGCUGAAUAUUGACGGGGUUCCAAUGCCAAUUCCAAGCAAACAUAUUGGCCGCUCUCAGAGCUGGGAUGCUGCAGGAUGGUAUGAAGGCAACUGGGAAAAUGAAAAUCCAUUUGACUAUCAGAGACCUCCAGGGAGAAGGAAUUCUCUAACCUAUGGUGGCGAGGGAGCUUGGUACGAGCAGCCAACACAUAGACCACAUGAUAUCAUCUUACAGGGAGGUGCUGAAAUGAAACAAGAGCCAUAUCCCUACCAGGAGCCAGUUUUUAGCCAAGGUCCGUUGCGGAAAAGUUCUGUUCCUGACUUCGUUUAUUAUGACAGGCAGCCUGCGAUGUCUUCACGAACUUCCUUGCCACCUCAGGAUUAUUACAGUGAUCCAUCCUUAGCGGCUAGAUCACCUAAAGAUCAACGCUACUAUAGAGACCACAUGAUUAACAGACCAUUAUCGAAUUAUGGCAUGCCUGGUGCCAGGUUGGCUUGGGAUCAGAUGCAAGUACGGUCACCUGGCCAACACGAAGCAAAUCGCUUGUAUAGGGAUCCUAUGACUAAAAUGAUGCCCGAGGCACAGAGGAUACGAAACAGAGAUCCUUCGCCAGCAAGGUAUGGUGCUGAAACUCCCACACCUAGAUAUGGCACAGAACCUUCACCCUUUCCUCACCGGCCAGUUUAUAAUGACACAAUGGAGAGAUCUAUGGAUUCAGCUGGCAGCAGGCAAGUUGCUCCAACAUGUUUGGUAGUCGACCCAAAUUCAGCUCCUGCACCUGAUGGAAGUGUUGUUCUCCCUGGCACGCCAGUAAACCGUGGCUAUGGACCAGUCAGAGAAAAUGUCAGUGCAAAGGUUUCUUACGAUGGCUAUGAAACAGCCACUACUCCUUCUCAUGCUCAGAUACCUGCACCUUUUCCAGGACAGGAUAUUAAAAGAAAUGUGGAUCCAGAAUUUUUAGCACUUAUGCGUUCUGAAGGAAUAUCCGAAAGCACACUCGGUGCCUUGCUGCAGCAAGGAUUUGAUUCUCCAGGCAUGCUAGCUGUGAUGGAGGAGAACGAUAUAAAAUCAGUUGCUCCAAAUCUUGGGCAGGCAAGGGUGCUCGCUCGAAUUGCGCAUACGUACAAAACCGAAAUCCAGUUGCAGAGGCAGGAUAGGAAGAACACCAUGAUCCGUCCAAGACACAGAUCAAACAGCUUUAGUCACCGAGGUGAAUUGCUCCAGAGUGAGUAUGGGAUGCUUCCUGCCACCAGUCCAAUGGCUGAUGGUGCAGCAAUGCAUCAGCCACAACUCCAUUCUAUGCAACCAGUUUCUCCAAGAAUUGCAGAAUUAAGUCGCCGUCCUGCUAGUGCCCCGACACAACAUCUUCUGGAAACUGCAACUUACCCUGCAACCGGCUUGACUCAUCAAAUUGCCCCUUUUGCUUCCAGUUCUGCCUAUGGUGCUUCUAGUUCUGCCUAUGGUGCUUCCAGCCCAUGUAACCUGCAAGCCCGACAAACAACUGGCUAUUCUUCUCCAGCAGGCAUACCUAUGAACGCACUACAGUCAAACCCACAUCCAAGUCCCAAAACAGCAUACUCAACCACGUACACCGUACCCAUGGAGCUGAUGAAGAGGGAAAGGAAUCCACCGUUGUCCCCAAUGCACAGUCCUCAUAACAGUCCUCAACUCCUUCGAAAGCAAGGAUCCCAAAUGGAACCCAACCUGGCACCAGCAGGACCGGGUUUUCCGAUGCAGCAUUCUCCGUAUCAGAAAGUUACAAGACGCACAGGGCCACCAGUCAUUGUCUCCACUAUGGCAUCACCGGAGCCAAGUUUUUUUAUUGCAGAUACCAACCCCACCUGCAAUAUUAUUAGUAUUCGCCCACAAAUCAUGAAUGGCCCUAUGCAUCCUCGUCCAUUGGUGGCUUUAUUAGAUGGAAGGGAUUGUACAGUGGAGAUGCCAAUUUUGAAGGACUUGGCUACUGUUGCGUUCUGUGAUGCGCAAUCAACUCAGGAAAUCCAUGAAAAGGUUUUAAACGAAGCUGUUGGAGCAAUGAUGUACCACACUAUCACCCUCACCCGGGAAGACCUAGAGAAAUUCAAGGCCUUACGAGUCAUUGUUCGGAUAGGCAGCGGUUAUGACAACAUAGACAUCAAAGCUGCAGGGGAACUUGGAAUUGCUGUUUGCAACAUCCCCUCGGCAGCAGUAGAAGAGACGGCAGACUCCACUCUGUGCCACGUGUUGAACCUCUACCGAAGGAACACUUGGCUCUACCAGGCACUGAGGGAAGGAACCAGAGUGCAAAGCGUGGAACAGAUACGGGAGGUGGCUUCAGGCGCAGCUCGCAUUAGAGGCGAAACACUUGGCCUGAUUGGAUUUGGUCGCACUGCGCAAGCAGUUGCAGUUCGAGCCAAGGCAUUUGGAUUCAAUGUGAUCUUUUAUGACCCAUACCUGCAGGAUGGCAUAGAAAGGUCCCUGGGCGUCCAGCGGGUCUACACCCUCCAGGAUCUGCUCUACCAGAGUGACUGUGUGUCCUUACACUGUAACCUCAAUGAACACAAUCACCACCUUAUCAAUGACUUUACGAUUAAGCAGAUGAGACAAGGAGCAUUUUUGGUAAACACAGCCCGUGGUGGUCUGGUGGAUGAAAAGGCCUUAACCCAAGCCCUGAAGGAAGGAAGGAUACGAGGGGCAGCACUAGAUGUUCACGAAUCAGAACCAUUUAGCUUUGCUCAAGGGUCUCUGAAAGAUGCUCCUAAUUUAAUUUGUACACCACACACCGCUUGGUACAGUGAACAGGCCUCACUGGAGAUGAGAGAAGCCGCUGCAACAGAGAUACGCCGAGCGAUUACAGGUCGCAUCCCUGAAAGCCUACGAAACUGUGUGAACAAGGAAUUUUUUGUCACAACAGCUCCUUGGUCAGUAAUAGAUCAGCAAGCCAUUCAUCCAGAGCUCAAUGGUGCCACAUACAGAUAUCCACCAGGCAUGGUGAGCGUUACUCCAGGAGGGAUCCCGGCAGCUAUGGAAGGUAUCAUCCCGGGAGGGAUUCCGGUUACCCACAAUCUUCCGACAGUGGCGCAUCCUUCCCAAGCUCCAUCUCCUAACCAGCCCACAAAACACGGGGACAACAGGGAACAUCCGAACGAGCAAUAGCAGACCAUUCAAACACACUCCUAUUUGGGACCAAGAGACAUUGGAAAAACAGAAGAGUAAUUACACACAAACUGACAGGAAUUUGAUACAAAAUUUGUAAGUUUGCUUUUGGACUGACGCAUCACGAUGUUCCAGUGUUAACUACAAAAUAUAUAUAUAUAUAGGAGUCAAGACUUGGGGGAGGGAGGGGAAACCCAGAAGAAGUCACCUGCUUACUGAAGCACUGAAAACUAGGAUUUGAUGAUGCAUAACUGAUCAGCUUCUGUUAUUGUGUGUUUAAGUUUCCUUCAUCUUUACAUCAAUCACAAAAAUAAUGUAUAUUUCUUCUCAGUCCCUUGGAGGAAUAGCAGCUGGUUGAUGUACCCGCUGCUUAAAAUAUGUCCAACAGUCCUAACAAAGCUUACAUUAUAUUAAGAGGAAACCCAUCAUGUGACUUCAGCCCUUUCCUUCCUCACUUACCUGGCUCCUCCUUGCAUAGGCUGAGGAGAAAAAAAAUAACCCAGAGGUGGAGAGUUUUGCUUGUUGCAGUUAUAUAUGGCCAUUUAAUGUAUUGGAAGGAUGCUACUCAAGCUUAACUACAGCUAUUGUAGGUCAAGGGAGAGAGAAAAGCCUGUGUUAACUAGCUGCCUUUUAAUUGCAGAAAUCGAUGCUUCUCCUACAAGAUACACUUAAUAAAGUAGCUGUACAUUCAAUAACACACGCUGACGAUGCAAAAAAAUAAAAUAAAAGUGUUAAGUCUCACAUUUAUACUCAGAUAUAUUUUUCUCAGUUUUAAAUCCACAGCUAUUUUAUUGAGUGGAAAAGUCUUGAGCUGGAAAGGGUUCAAGAAUAAUGUUGCAUUUCCUUAUGUCUCAGGAAAAAAAACCACUUUUUAUGGUAACUUGUCAGACUGUAUGAACAAAACCCACUUUUUUAGACAUUGAAGUCUUCUUUUCUUCAUGUGAUAUUUUAUACAAAGACACUUCAGAAAUGUGUUAUUAGAUGUGACUGAUUUUAACAAAUCCUAUUAGAUUUGUAUCAACUAGUUACAUGUUAUAUUCAUAGUCUUUUGUGAAUCAUCGCCUUUUUUUGUUGAAAAAGAUGGCCUAUUCUGAGCCUUUGUAUGGGUACAUUCCUGUUUCUGUGAUAAGAGUUUUAAAAGCUGUCCCAAACAAAAAACAACCAAUGGCUACCAGAAGUAUGUUUUGUUUUAGUGUGUUACCGUUACUGUAUUUGUUUAUUGUAAAGGUGGACAUAUAGCGUUCAGUGCAGUUUUCAAUAAAAAGUGACAAUUUCUAUAAUUUGA